CUCUGACAUGGAGGUUGGUCCAGGGUGCAGCUUAGCCUGGGGCACUGUUCAGGGUGCAGGGAUCCGUCUUGGAGGGAGCGGACCUGGGUUUGGUGAGAGAGCGGAAGAAGCUGCCUUGGAGGAAAUGCUGUCCUUCUGGGAUGUGGCCAUUGAUUUCUCUCCAGAAGAGUGGGAAUGCCUGGAGCCUGCUCAUUGGAAUUUAUAUAGGGAUGUGAUGUUGGAGAACUACAGCCACCUUGAUUUCCUGGGUCUUGCUGUCUCUAAGCCACACCUGGUGACAUUUCUGGAACAAAGACAAGGACCUUGGGAUCUGAAGAUACAAGCAGCAGCCCCUGUGUAUCCAGGAACAAUACCCAAUGAUUGUAAUAAUUACAGCAAGGCCACUGAUUGUAAUUCACUACAUAUUCAAUGCCAGAGAAUUCAUACAGGGGAGAAACCCUACAAGUGUGAAGAAUGUGGUAAGGGCCUUAGUUCUCAAAAAGCCCUAUCUAUACACCAGAGACUUCAUACUGGAGACAAGCCCUAUAUGUGUACAGAAUGUCAUAAGGCCUUCAGUACUCGAUCAUCACUUUUUAUACACCAGAAAAAUCAUACUGAUGAGAAAACCUACAAGUGUGAAGAAUGUGGCAAAUUAUUUUACUAUCCUUCAAUGCUGAAGCAACAUCAAAGAAUUCAUUCUGGAGAGAAACCCUAUAAGUGUGAAGAGUGUGGCAAAGCUUUCUAUGAUAGUUCAUUCCUGAAGCAACAUCAAAGAGUUCAUUGUGGAAAGAAACUGUACAAAUGUGAAGAAUGUGGGAGAACGUUUUCCUCUGCUUUAACCCUUAACCAACAUAAAGGAAUUCAUUCUGGACAGAAAAAGUACAAGUGUGAAGAACGUGGCAAAUCUUUUUGCUAUCCUUCAUUCCUUAAGCAACAUCAAAGAAUUCAUUCUGGAGAGAAUCUCUACAAGUGUGAGGAAUGUAGCAAACAAUUUUACUGUUUUCAACACCUUCAGGAACAUCAAACAAUUCAUACUGGAGAGAAACCAUACAAGUAAGAAUGUCAUAAAUCCUUUUAUAAUUAUGCAACCCUUAGGAGACACAAGAUAGCUCAUACUGGAGAGAAACCCUACAAUGAAGAGUGUAUCAAAUGUUUUUCUUCUUCUUCUGCCCUUAGAAGACAUCUAGUAGUUCAUUCUGAAGAUAAUCCCUACAAAUGUGAAGAAUGUGGAAAAAUGUUUUCCCAUGCUCCAAGCCUUCAGGAACAUCAAACAAUUCAUACUGGAGAGAAACCACACAAGUAUGAAGAAUGUCACAAAGCCUUUCGUUAUCACUCAGCCCUUAGAAACAAGACAGUUCAUACUGGAGAGAAACCCUACCAGUGUGAAGAGUGUAGCAGAUGUUUUUCUGCUUCUUCAGCCUUUAGACGACAUCAAACAGUUCACUCUGGAGACAACCUUAUAAAUGUGAAGAGUGUAGCAGAUGUUUUUCCUCAUCUUCAUCUCUGUGAAGGCAUAAAAAAAAAAAUUCACUCUGAAAAAACUCCUACAAGUCUCAGGAAUGUGAAAAGGCCUUUGUUAAUCAUUGUAGCUUUACUGAAUAAAAGACAAUUCAUACUGGAAAGAAGUCCUACAAUUGUAAAAAGUUUAUACUUCUUCAGCCCUUAAAAGACAUCAAAUAAUUUAUUCUGAAUACAAAUUCCAUGAGUUUGUUGACUGUGGUAAAAUCUUUGCUAAUCAUUCAGACCUUGUUCAAAUCAAAUGAAUCCAUAGUGGAGAAUAUUAACAUAAUUAUUUUGGAAUAUCAACAGGAACAUCAUCUAACUUCCAUCAGCACAAAGCAAAGCCAGUUCCAGGAUGACAGGUCAAUGCAUGAUUCUGUAAUGAGUCCCAAGAAGUUUUAAGUAACGUAAGACAGAGUCGGCCAAGAGGCCAUUCAGUACAGCAGGAUCAAGUGUGAGCACUCAUUUAAACAUCAAGCUUCAGGAUCCACCGUGCACAGUCAAGAAAAGAGCACUACCUGAGGAGAACGAAACUUGAACUGUGAAUGUCCAGCUGGACCAGCCUCUCUGAAUCACAUGCCGGAGAUGAUGGUAACCUGCUCCUCAGCCCCACUUGUAAUGUGAAUCCAAAUAAAUAAAUAAAUAAAUAAAUAAAUAAAUAAACAAACAAACCUGGCAUCAGAUCGAGGGGUAAAUGCUGAAAGAUCAAAGAAGUAAAGGACCCAGCCACUAGAGAGACUUAUCUCUACCGAAUCCUCAGACCAAAAAUGGGGCUGAGU